GCAACGGGUUCUCGUCCAACGUAAGUUGAACCUCCCUUCGCUAGACCGGCCUUUCCUUUCACCACUCUGGCCUCCUGGCUGUGACACGUGAGGCUGGGUGUCUCCGCGGCCAUGAAUAUGAAUUAGAACGGGCGGAGCCAGCCUGGGCCUUGAUAGGGAACGUCAUGAAUAUGCAAAGAGUGCGAGGAUCGCCGGAGCCUCCGUUGGGCCCCGGAUCACGAAGCUUGGGGCUGGCCUUUAUGCUGACUUCGGAGUCGCUGCCUGAUGUGAUGGAUUCUAAGCCUCAGCCGCUGUGUUCUUCAUUUUCCAUUACCGCUGCCAAUGGCCGUAAAGACUCUAAACCACCGUCAAGCAGCUCUGAUAUAGGGGAUGCCCGUCCAAAGCCACCUGUGAAACCUAAGCCUUGUGUUCUUCCUAAGCCAGCUGUGCUAGUGAAGCCUAUUCCUGGACUGCGCCAGACGCUUUCUGAGGUGCCUUCUGCAGAAAAGAUCAAUUUGUUGGCUGGGCCUAAGCCAUAUAGCAGUGGAGCUGGCAGUGCUGUAAAGCGCCUUUCCUUUAACUUGAAGUGCUCUCCAAGAGAAGUUACCAAUGGGAAAGAGGUUCCAUCUCCUUUCUCCAUUGGAGGCAAGUCAUCUGAAGAUAAAGAAGAGGCUGAGCCCGCCAAAAAAUCCAGUGCUAUUGAAAGAGCUUCUGAGGAGGAAUGUAGAGAAUCGUCUAGUGUAGCCAAAUGCACACUCCCCUUCAAAGUGAAACCAGUGCCAGUAGCAACUAAGCCAGAACGUUUUCCUGGGACCACAGUGGAGGAAAUCUUGGCCAAAAUGGAAAAACCCAGUUCACCCAGCUCUGACUUGCCUCGGCUAGUACGCUCUUUCUUCAGCCAAGAUGGUAGUUCAACUAUUCACCUAGGGCCUAAGGGUUAUGUUGCCUUUCAGAGAAGUUCCAGUGGAGAAGGAGUAGGAACUGAUCCAGAAGGGUCUGCUUACCGAGUCUCCUGUGAAAUUAAGGAGAGGAGUUUAUCAAGGAUCAAGGAAUUAAAGGAAGAAAACAGGAGCGUAAAUGAGCAGCAUGUGUCUGAAUCUCAACAGCCAGAGGCAGAGGUCGAAACAAAUGAGAUUUUCCUUCCUACAGACAGCAGCUCCAGCCAGCCUAGCACGGGCUGUGAAGGAGACCAGCUUGAAUCCAGCAGUCCACUGUCUUCUCCUGGUACCAAGUUCUCUUCCAGAGUCACACCCGGAUCUCCUGAUGCCCCUUCUGAAACAACCCAACCCCCUGGUGCUCCGUACCUUCCAACAGAUGUCCCACGUAGUGAAGCUUUGCUUCCACCAGGUUCCCCUGACGGAACUGCUAAAUCCUCCAGAAGUCCUCUGGUAGACUCUGUCAGUCACAUUCAGUUUGCAGAUCCCCCUGUAACAAUUGCAGAUCCCUGGCCUCCAGGAUCCCCUAUUAAGACUUCUCUAGGACAGUCCUUGCUUUCAGACGUGGCAGAUGUUUCUGCAAGAUACCCUGAAGUCCCUCUUCUCCCUGAGCAUACUGCCAGUUUGAGCCAUCCGCCCAUUGAAUAUAAUCUGCAGUCUCACCAAUGUCUUACAGGAGUCUCAGAAUCCCCUGGCUCCCCUAGCAUUCUUUCAAAGUGCCAUGUUCGUUCCGAUCAGCCUCCAGGGUCCCCUUCAUGCAUACCAGACACCCUACUCAACAGGGGAAAAGAUUAUCUCAAAAAUCAAAUUCGUCCUCUUGAGGAGAAGGCUCCCCUGCUAAAUCAGCGUCGUGCUUCAGAGGGAGUGGUGCAACCACAGGGUAAAAAAAUGGUCAGGGAAGAACUAGGAGGUUCUUUAGCUGCACUGCCAAGAGAGAAGGACCCACCUGUAGAGCAGAAUUUAGGAGGAGAGUCUAGUUGGAGUCUGUCACAGUCAUUUGAAUGGUCAUUCUCUAAUCAGGGACUGGAGUUGUGUGGGAAGAGACUAGUAUCUCCUCCCAACUCUCCCAUUCAGGAACACGAUGAUGACAACCUUUCGGAAGCAGAAUUGGAUGGAGAGAUCCCUCCCAUUCAAGGAUCAUAUCAAGAGGCAGGUUCAGAGAGACAAAUCGGGAAAGAGGAGGAGACUGAGGCUAGUGAGCACAGUGCCAGUAAGGAAUCUGAAAGUAACUGGAAGAAGAUUGAGGGGCAGCUAGAAGUCCAAUCUACUCUUGAGUUGUCAGCACCUGGUGGUCCUUCUGUUCAGAGAAAGAUUGGUGGCCCUAAUCUAAAGGGCCCAGUAGUGGCUGAAGAGGUUACUUUUCAAGAGGAUCAUGAUGAUUUCCUCCAAUUUUCCCCAAACUUUGAGGAAGAGGCUCUACGAGCAAUGGAGCCAUUACCAAGUGUAGAGGAAACUGCUCCUCCUGCAGAGCCUUGCAUCUUGUUCUCAGAAAGUGCCCAGGUGCAGACAGCCGACACCUGUCAGGAAGAAUGUGAUGCCCUGGGAAUGGCACAGGAAGCCAAGAUGGGGAACUCUGACCUACUGGGUGGAGUUGAACCUGGUCCUAGUUCACAUUGGCUAGAUGAGCUUCUGGCAUCUCCUCCACCUAGCACUGAUGAUGCAAAGAAAAGAAGUACAUCCAAGGUAGAAGACCCCACAGGACCACAGGAUCUUCUGGGAUGGUCACGGAAGGACCUUCAUAGCGAGUUUGGCAUCGUAGGUGCUGAUCAUUCUGAUACCUUUCGCUUGGAUUGGACUGCCGAUGUGUCCAAAGUUAAAUGGCUGGGAGAAACAGAACAGGAUCGUGAGUUUGGCACUGGCUCACAGGACUGGCCAAACUCAUACACUGUUGGUAAUCCCAAAAGUCAGGAUAUGGAAUUUGGUACCGGCCAGCAAGAAUGGGCUAGAGGAUCGCCGUUACUGGGCAGUUCCAGUCCAGUGCAAGAAGAGUGGCUUGCUUCUUAUAGUAGCCAUGGUGCUGAUCAUCCAACUGAGGAAUCCAAUUGGAGCAGCACAUACAACAUCAGUACUGCUGAGGAUCAGCACGCAGAACCCUAUGUGAGGAAGCCUGGCUGGCCUAGUCUCUGCCAAGCUGGCAGUGAUCAACAGAGCAGUGAGUUUGUUGCAGUUGAGAAAACAGAUUGGAGCAGCCAAUAUCAAGAUGCUGCUGCUGAAACAACUGACUGGUCCAAAUAUCAUAUGGAAAAUGUCAGUUGUCCAGAAUCAGAUGUCAGCCCCGAAUUGGCAAAGGUGCCUAGUGAGUACACUAUUGAGAGUCAACUAGAAACAAAGUUCAGUGUUAAACAUUCAGAUGACAGCACCCCAAUUUCUGUGUUCAGUGCCAGCCAUUUAGGCUGGCCUAGUGAAUCUGGUUCUGGCAACGGUACUAGUCAAUUACAAAGAGAGUUCACUGCCCAUCAGGUGGAACUAUCUAGUGAACCUCAGAACUGUCCAGAAGUUCAGCUUAGUUUUCAGCAGGACUCGGGACUAGAUACAUCUGGCUUUGAUGAUGACAGUUAUCCAGAGUCUAAACUGAAUGUCAAACAGUCUGACUCGCCUAGUAAGUGUGAUACAGAGAUUGCCCAAAGCCAAGAUGAUGAGUUCAUUGUUGGUAAAUCUGAUGGAGCCAAAGAAUACGAUGGUGAAAUAGGUUGUAGAAUUGAAAUAGAUGGUGGCAUCAAAAGCAAUAACUCUCAAAUGGACGUGGAUAAUCAAGAAUUUUAUGCCCUAAGACCAAUUUGGUCUGAUGAAUACUGCUUGGGUAAAUUUGAACCACGAGAGGAUACUACUGGUAGAGGAGAUUGGAUCAAAGACUCUGAAUUUUCAGAAAGUGAACAUAAUGAUACUACAGGACGGGAUCUAAUAGCUGGAUUUGGCUCAUUAGAUUUGUCUGAUCAAAAAUUCACAGUCAAUUUAGAGGAAUCAACAGACAACCUAAUGCAUCAGGCUGGGAAUUUAACAAAUUUGGCCAUGGACGAAUCCCAAGGAAUCGCAGAAGGUGAAUCUGAAUGGACUCUACAUCUUAACACUGGAGAAUUGACUAUCUCCGGUGACUUAAAUGUUGAGAGCUUAGAAGCUGAUAAAAAACCUGCAGAGAAGCAUCUUCCUUUUGGCAUGGACACUUCAUCUGCCUCAUCAAAUACAAGAUCGGUGAAUGCAGAAGAAGGCAGAGAACCUGAUGUUGGACAAGCAGAUUUAAUUAACAAUAUGGAAGUAUCUGAUAGUGCAAAGACAGAUGUAUCUGAUUUGAGACCCAAGGCUUUGGAUGGGGCUGAAGUGGCAUAUAGGGAUGAGAGCCGUCAUUUGGGGGGUAUUGUUUUGGAAGAUGAUGUGAUGCAGCAUCAAGGAGCAACACCAGUAUGUGGAGAGAGCAGAAAAUGCCAUAGUCAGCGCCUGUCCAGUCCCAGCUGCCUGCUGGAAGGAAUGGUGUCCAGGUGUGCCAACAGACCAGAGGUUCAGCAGAAGAGGCCUGCCUCCUUCCAUAGCUGCCAUUCGGAAGAAGAGAGGAAGCUGAAUAACUUGCCCAGUGAGAUGGUGUCAGCAGCUGAAAAGAUCAGGCCAUCUCCAUUCCCAUUGGAGGAUGUAGGAGAGGUUUUAUCUGACACGGAUGGUGACAUCAGCCAGCUGGAUAGUGGAAAUGGGAGCCAGCCACCAGAAAGGCAAAGUGAAAGUCAAGCCACACAAUCUAUUUCCCAGGAUGAUUGUGCUUCGGAAGGAGCUGAAGCAGUAACAAGAAAAAAAUUCACUUUCUUGGAGGAUACCGAGAUUCUUGAUAAUAGUGCACAUCGAGACCGUGCAAAUUUGGGCCGUAAGCGGGGUCAUCGAGCCCCAAUCACUCGAGCAGGAGGUAUUGCGUUAGAGAAUGACAGGAACAGCUGGAUGUUCAAAGAUUCUACAGAGCCCCAGUUAGUUUCUACAGUCUCUGAUGAAGAAGUCCAUGAGGAGUCAAAGAGCAAGAAGUCACGAAGCUCUCCAUUGUCCAAGGGGGUAAAGGUAGCCCUCUUCCCAGGCCUCAGUCCUUCAGCUUUGAAGGCUAAAUUGCGAGGGAGAAACCGCUCCACUGAGGAAGGGGAACCACAAGGUGAAGUAAAGGAGGCUCCUGUACAGCGUUCUAAAUCAUGCAAGAUUGGCAGCACUAGUGGGAAGCCUCUGGUGCUGCCACCUAAGCCAGAUAAAUCCUCAGGAUCUGAAACUUCCUCACCCAACUGGCUGCAGGUUCUGAAGCUGAAAAAGAAGAAAAGUUGAAAUCCAACCAACCUUCAGGCAAGUAUCUCGGAAGGAGAUAUGAAUCUGUCUUCCCAAGAAGGCAUUUGAUCCUGCAGCUUUGCAGUGGAAUCAUACUGCACACUUAGGCAUUUUGGUUCUGCAGCUGCAAAUAACGUUUGUGGAAUUUGGCAGCUUGUCCAGAGUUCCCACAGCAAAAUGCUUAUGGCUGCUCUAAGACCUGGAAUUGCUGUCCCUAAGGAAGAUCAGGCACUUAAACUCCAACAUUCUUCAUGGCUGACAUGUUUGGAUGAACCGUAAGAGUAUCUGUUAGAUUUCUGAAUUGCCAUUAUUCAUAAAUCCUCAAUUAUCUCUUCCAUGUGCUUCAUCACAUUCUGACUUGAGAUACAUUUGCAGCAUCAAGAAGGUGUUAUUAACAUUCCAUAAUUGAGAUUGCAGUUUGCUUUUUUAAUGAAUUGAUGCUGGGGGAAUAUUUGCAUCUUCUGACGUAACGUAGCAAUGUGAAUUGGGUUAUUUAUUUAUUUAUUUAUUUUGCUGCCCCUGGGCUCAUCAGAGAUAACUUUCUGGGCAAAAGUUUGCACUGUCUGUAUUCUCCUUUGGCUUUUAAUAAAACAGUGCUGUGAGAUUGGGCUUCUCAUAUAUUUCAACAUUUUGUUCUGAUGGAAGUCCAGAAUUACUAGAGGACAAAUUCUUUUCUUAGAAUUGCUUGAAUGGGAGAAGACUGCACUAGUAAAUUAUUUUACAUAUCAUUGCAGCUGUGCCUAGGAUGGCACUCCUGCAUCCUAAAUAGGUAUAUUAGCCUUGGGUUUCAUUAUAUUUUUGUUCUUGCUUGUUGGGAUCUCGGCAGUCAGGCCUCCGCUUUUCUUUUACCAGCAGCCAGAUAUCGGUAUCCAUAUCUUGGCAGAAUUGAGCCAUGGUAACAUUUGCAGAUCCUCUUUGCGAUUUUUCUUUGUGAAUAGCCUGGGUAAAAAACAAUCCUGGCGCUCAUCAUAUGAUGUGACUCAAAGGAGACGUUUGGAAAAAUAGUUCUGCAAGAAUCAGCAUUCUGCUGGUUUAUGCAAUUAUUAUAUUAUCAUUCUCUACCAUGGAAAUGCAUGAAUAAUGUCUUCCAGUGCAGAGUGGCCUGAUAAAUCAUCCUGUAUUUUACUUGCCCUUCUUUGAUUGACUCACUUUUGACUGAAUUGUCAUGCUAGUGGGUUUUCCACUUAAGUCAGUUCCUGCCAAAGCACCCAUUUAAUAGUACUAGUAGUAACAGUAGCAAUAAUAGGAAUAAAAUAUUGCCAAAUUCUAUCUGAAUCUUGAAUGAGAAUGCCAGGAGCUCACAAGAUGGCAGUAAUUUCAGUUAGCACGGUCUUGUGCUAAAAUAUUUUGAGGUGGUUUUUUGGGUAACAGUCUGAAAAAGUCAAUAGCCCUUGAUUUAAAUGAUUUUGUUGCAGAAUCUUUUUUGUGUAGUCCCAAAAGUACUCCAUGGGAUCUGACAUGAUGCACAACUGAAAAGAGUUUUAAAAAGUCACCAUGCUACAAUUAAGUUGUUCCAGAGAGUGUGCUGGUUUACAUGGGAGGCUAAACAUACAGGUAGGUAGGUAGGUAGGUAGGUAGGUAGGUAGGUAGGUAGGUAGGUAGGUAGGUAG